GAGUUCAUAGAGUUUGGGUGUAUAUAUUCGGAGAAAAUGGGUCGUUAUUGUAAUGUAGGUCCAUAGAAUAAAAAAGUUGGGCCAAAAUGAUUCCGAGCAACGUUGAGGCCCAGGGGGUGGUUGGUGUGAGUUUGCGUGAAUCUUCGUCCUCAUGUUGCUCUCUAUCUGCGUAACGCGAUCUGUGUUUGUUCCAGACAGAGAGAGAUGAUGAUGCAUUCACGGAUUAGAAGCGUUGCCGGGAGCAUCAAAUGCGCCGCGAGACUCUUCUGUUCAUCAUCUGCAACCUCUCCGGCGGCGCCGUCGCAAUUCUCGAAUACUCUGGCAGGGCUCCGGGACCGGCUGGCGGAGGAGUCGCCGUCUCUGUCGGACUUCAUUGCGCUGAAAUCGGAGAGCGCGUACUCGGUAGAGGUUGGGACGAAGAAGAAGCCGCUUCCGAAGCCGAAGUGGAUGAAGGAGGCCGUCCCUGGCGGCGAGAAGUACGUACAGAUUAAGAAGAAGCUCCGCGAAUUGAAGCUUCACACUGUUUGCGAGGAGGCUCGGUGCCCUAAUUUGGGCGAGUGCUGGUCCGGCGGCGAGACCGGCACUGCUACCGCGACUAUCAUGAUUCUCGGUGACACUUGUACUCGAGGUUGCAGAUUUUGUAAUGUUAAGACAUCUAGGACUCCUCCGCCACCUGACCCUGAUGAGCCCACCAAUGUGGCUGAAGCAAUUGCAUCAUGGGGUCUGGAUUAUGUGGUUAUAACGAGUGUUGACCGUGAUGAUUUACCUGAUCAAGGGAGUGGUCAUUUUACUGAAACAGUGCAGAAGCUGAAGUUACUGAAGCCUAAUAUCCUGAUAGAAGCCCUAGCUCCGGACUUCCGAGGAGAUGAUGACUGUGUAGAGAAGGUUGCCAAAUCAGGAUUAGAUGUUUUUGCACAUAACAUCGAGACAGUUGAAGAGCUACAGAAUGUUGUACGGGAUCGUUGUGCUAAUUUUAAGCAGUCAUUAAAAGUUCUAAUGAUGGCCAAGGAAUAUGCUCCUGCUGGAACACUCACUAAGACUUCAAUAAUGUUAGGUUGUGGUGAAACACCUGACCAGGUUGUGAAGACCAUGGAAAAGGUCCGAGCGGCUGGUGUUGACGUAAUGACAUUUGGGCAGUACAUGAGACCUUCAAAGCGGCAUAUGCCAGUAUCUGAAUAUGUUACACCGGAGGCCUUUGAUAAGUAUCAGACUCUUGGCAUGGAAAUGGGCUUUCGAUAUGUGGCAUCAGGGCCCAUGGUGAGGUCUUCAUACAAAGCAGGUGAAUUCUAUAUUAAAUCCAUGAUUGAAUCGGAUCGAGCUGCAUCUCCCUCAAAGCUGACAUCCUCUUGAUCCAUUAUCAUUUUUUCUUUUAUUUACUCACUCCAAUGUGCAUUAUAUGUAAGGAGCGCAGGCUCAGUACAUGUUGUUGAUGCUCAUGCCACGUGUAAUAUGAGUGAAAAUCUAUAAACGGGCAUGUGCUGUCUGCCAUUUUUUUUUCAGCGUUCUACCCAACCCCAACACCUAUUAUUUGGAAAGUGCAGAUUUCAGAGUUGAUUGUAUAUGUUCUCACAUACGUGUACUCAUUUUCUCUAUUUAACUGGUACUCACUCAUACCAGUUUCUGUAGUUAUUAAAAGCAAUAAAUGUUUUCCUCUUAUUUGAGAAAUUGCCUAAAA